AGCGCAGCUGAUCACCUCUAAGAAUAGGUUAGGAUUAGAUCGAGAAAUGAGCCGGUGACGAGCGGACGGAAACAAGUUGUUAAAUACAUGCAUAUGAAUUUCUGCCUUGAGAUUCUACUUUAUACCUUAUAUUUAAUUUCUUUAACGUGAUAUCGAUAAAAUAUGAAUAGCAGUGUAACUAACGAUGUAACAAUGAGACCUGAACUAAUAAAAAAUUACCAGCAGAUACUGCUUGACACUGUGUUAGCACAGAAACUUGAACAAAAUGAAAAACAAAUCAAGACCAUAACAGAUUAUAGGAACAGGCACAAGAAGGUAAUAGAGGGACUUCAAGUGUAUCCAUUGUCCCUCUCCGAGAAUUGUCUGGUGCCCAUCGGCAAGCGGGCGUUUAUGAAAGGGAAAUUAACUCAUACUAACGAGAUCUUGGUUUCUUUGGGAGAUGGCUAUUUUGCCAAGUACAGUGCAUCACAGGCGAUUGCAUUGUGCAACAGGAGAAUAGCAUGGUCGGAUGAAAUGCUGAAGAAUUUAGAAACUGAGAGGAACUUGUACGAAAUGAGACAAUAUUUUCUAUUGGGACAUGAUGUUUUUGGAGAGGAUGGGGAAGAUAUAGUGGAGCAUUGGACUGAUAAUAAGCUUGAUGAGUGGAGAGUACAACAUAGACAACGUGAGAAGGAGUAUCAUCAGAAACUAGCAAAGUUGAGAGAAAAAGAAAAGACUGAUAUUCGUACUGAGGAAGAUCUUUUCAAGAGACUCGAUGAAUUGGAAGUGGAAGAAGAAUUAGAAGAUGAAAUUUACAGAUUGCAAACCGAACGAAAAGCAUUUUAUGGUGAUGACUUAAAAGAUGGUGAGGUUUACGAUGAAUCGGAAGAGGAUACGUCUGAUUCCGAUCAAAUUACAACAGAGAUAAUUCAAGAGGAAUUAAAAAAGCUGAAAGCUAUCCAAAUGAGCACAAGUGACACGUUGAGUUCACUCAUCAGUUCUGAUGCAACCCAAGAUAAAAUUCUCGAUACAAAUAACGAGCAGUCCUAUUCCUCUACAAAUUUUAUUCAAGAAAAAUUAAAGGAGAGUUGUUCACUUGGGUCUGAGGAAGAAUCUAAAGACACAAAUAUAAAAGAGAGUUGUUCACUUGAGUUUAGGGAAGAGUUUAAAGACACAAAUGUAAAGGAAAGAAGGAGGAUAUCGUUUGCUGAGCCAUGUGUCGUGGACGAGUUCACUCAAGAUGAAGGCAGCACAGGAGAAAAUUUAUCAAUAUCUCAGGAAGUCUAUUCUGCUCCAGAGCAAGAUGAGGCACAUAAUGAAAGUUCUGAAGACGAAGAUGAUACCGUUAGGAUCGAAUUUUCACAUUCAUCCCACACUCCAGAUAUACUUCAAUCAAAUAAUAUGGAAAUACACAGCCCAGUGGAUAUUUAUAAGACGUUUUGUACUCCUAAGUCUAUUUUGAAAAGAUCUCCAAAUGAUAUGAUUUUCGAUCAAGCUGUUCCUCCUUUAAAUGACGAUAGUAAUACAGAUGCAGAAGAUGAAGAUGAAUAUGGUACACAUUCUGCAUACAAUUCUGUUCUCAAAGAGACUGUCCAAGAAAGUAAAACAUCAUCGGUAAAUGUUUCGAAAAAAGAUGAAAAAAGAAUUGUGAGUAGGUUCAAACUUGAACGAGCUGCGAAGAAAAAGUGACUUGUAAAUACAUGUGCACUGAAAUUAAAAAUCUAUUUUUAUAGUACA